AUGAUGCUGCCACGACUUAUUCUCUUUGCUUUCGGCGCUGCGCUUUUAUGCGGAAGCAGCGGUGCCACAGUUGCCACCAAUGGUUCCUACGACUACCUUGUUGUUGGCGGCGGGACUGCGGGGCUGGUGGUUGCGAACAGGCUUUCCCAGGACUCCUCGGUCACAGUUGCCGUCAUAGAGGCUGGCGGCUCGGUUUUCAAUGACCCGAGAGUACAAAAUACAACAAAUUACGGCCUGUCACUCGGCACUGAACUUGACUGGCAAUACACCACCGUUCCGCAAAAAUAUGCUGCAAAUGACAUCCAGACUUACCACGCCGGGAAAGCUCUUGGCGGAACCAGCACUAUCAAUGGCAUGACAUACAUCCGCUCCGAAACGGUCCAAAUCGAUGCCUGGGAGAAACUCGGGAACAGCGGCUGGAACUGGGACUCGCUUUACCCUUAUUACAAGAAGAGCGAACACUUCGAUCCACCUACCCCGUCCCAGGUAGCCAAUGGGGCAGCUUACAACCCGGAAUACCACGGUUUUGAUGGCCCUCUGGACGUGGGCUGGCAAUACGUAGCACCACAGCGAAACAACUCUGCCGCUAUCAUCAAGGCGACGUGGGAGAGUGUUGGCAGCCCGUACAACAAAGACGUCAACGGCGGCUAUAUGCGCGGAUUCAGUGUUUGGCCAUUCACCGUCAAUGCAACCACGAGCAUUAGAGAAGAUGCCGCCAGAGCCUACUAUUAUCCCGUUCAGGAUAGGCCAAAUCUGCACGUCUAUUUGAACACCACGGCACUCCGACUGACAUGGAGCGAUGGGGGAAAGUCCGGCGCUAAUUUGUCUGCCUCUGGCGUGGAAGUUUCUUCGAGCACAGUAACCAUCACGACUCUGAAGGCUGCCAAGGAAGUGGUGGUGUCUCUAGGGUCCACGCGAACUCCGUGUUUCUUGGAAUACUCUGGUAUUGGGAAUCCCGCUAUCUUAGAGAAAUACUCCAUCCCGGUCCGCAUCUCCCUCCCCACCGUCGGCGAGAACCUCCAAGACCAAACCAACGUCCCCAUCGUCGGCGCCCUCAACCCCAACGACACGACCACCUUCCUCGACUACCCACCCGAAGUCACGUACGCAACCCUCACCGACCUCUUCCCCGGCUCCAACCUCUCCGCCCUCGAAGCCUCGGUCCGCGCCUCCAUCCCCUCCUACGCCGCCCUCAACGUCGCCAACAGCGGCAUCAACCCCAACAACGCGACACGCACCGCCGCCGUCGCCACCGCCGUCGAACAACAAGAACGCAUCCUCGCCGCCCAAGCCGACCUCAUCUUCUCCAACGCGGCCACCCUCCCCCUCGCCGAGAUCCUCACCGCCCCGACCAGCGCCCCGGGCCUCUCCGCCGCCAUCCUCCCCACCUGGGCCCUCCUCCCCUUCGGCCGCGGGAGCAUCCACAUCUCCGCGCCCUCCCCCCUCGGCGUCGGCGCCAACGCCUCCUCCCCCGCCAUCAACCCAAACUACUUCAUGAACCCCUUCGACAACACAGUGCAGACCGCCGCGAUGCGGCUCGCGCGGCGGGCGCUGCUGACGGCGCCGCUGGCAGACUACGUCGUGGGGAUGACGGCGCCGACGGUGGAGGAGGUGCCGCUGGGUGGUGGUGACGAUGACGAUGACGACGAUGCGGCGUGGGUGGCGUUUGCGAAGGGGGCCUACGGGCCGAAUUCGCAUCCGGUGGGGACGGCGGCGAUGAUGGGCCGCGAGCUGGGCGGCGUGGUGGACGCGGAGCUGAGGGUGUACGGGACGGCGAACGUGCGCGUGGUGGAUGCGAGCGUGUUGCCGUGGCAGGUGUGCGGGCAUCUGACGAGCACGAUUUAUGCGGUUGCGGAGAGGGCGAGCGAUAUCAUCAGGGGGACGGUGGGGAAGGAUGGGGAAGGGGAGGGGGGUUCGUGA